CUGGCCGCGCAUGCGCGCCGCGCCCCCGUACGGCGGAAGCGCGGCGCGGAGAAUUCCCUUCCAGAGCCAGAGGAGCGGGGGCGGGGGACAGUGUUCCGGGAACUCGCACCCGGAAGCGGGAAGUAGCGGGCCGCCGGCCGGAAGUGGCGCGCGGCUGGGGGUGGGAGCCCGGCGGUCGCUCGCCGCGGGCUGCUGGGAGAGCCGGGGGCAGCCGCAGCAGCAGCAGCAGCAGCAGCCGGCGGGAGCGAGGCAGGGGCGGUGCGCGGCGCAGACUCUUCCCCCCGGCAACCGGGGCCGCGGCGGGCGGGGGCCGGGCAGCGCCAUGGCGGAGGCGACGGCGACAGCGGCGGCCGGUGGGGGGGCCGCCAGCACCACCGUCACCGAGACCGUGACCGUCGAGCCGGAGAACCGCAGCCUGACCAUCAAGCUGAGGAAGCGAAAGCCAGAUAAGAAGGUGGAAUGGUCGAGCGACACUGUGGACAACGAGCACUUGGGCCGUAGGUCGUCCAAAUGCUGCUGCAUCUACGAGAAGCCGCGGGCCUUCGGCGAGAGCUCCACAGAGAGCGAGGACGAGGAGGACGAGGGCUGCGGCAACGCCCACUGCAUCCGGGGCCACAGGAAGGGGGAGCAUGGGGGCCGGGGGGGCGGCGGCUCUGGGGGGGGCAAGGGCAGCCCCCGCAAGGCCGAGGCGCCGGGCCAGGACCACGCUGCAGCCAUGCAGCACUGAGCCCCUCCACCCCGCCGGACUGACCGGGGGACGCGGGCCUGUCCGUCUGUCCGUGAGCCUGCUGGCCUGCGAGCUGCUGUCGUCGGCCGUCCCGCCCAGUGCCCCGGCGUGGAAUGUACCGAGCCACGGGCCGGCUGCGUCUCUGUGCUUCUCCAUUAAACGUCUGUGUCGGUGACCACGAGCGGCCACGGCCUGCUGCUUUCUGCUGGGGGGGGCGGGCGCAGCUCUGCCGGUGCCCCCUGCUCCUGACGCGCUGCCCCCGGCCAGCCCAGCCCUGGGCUCCCCCCCCCCCCCAGCUCUGCCGGUGCCCAUCGCUCCUGACCCACAGCCCCCUGUCAGCCCUGUCCUUCCCUCCUCCAGCCCUGCUGGUGCCCCUCACUCCUGACCCACAGCCUCGCCCUUCCUUCCCCCAACCCUGCUGGUGCCCCUCACUCCUGACCCGCAGCCCCGCCCCUCCCUCCCCCAGCCUGGCUGGUGCCCCUCACUCCUGACCUGCAGCCCCCUGUCAGCCCCGCCCCUCCCUCCCCCAGCCCUACCGGAGCCCCUCCCUCCCGACCCACAGCCCCCUGCUAGCCCAGCCCUCGGUUUCUCUUCCCUCCCCACAGCUCUGCCAGUGCCCCUCAAUCCUCACCUACUGGUAUUCUCCCCCCAUCACAGACACAGCUCUGCCAAGGCCCUGAAAUAGAAGCUUUAAUCACCCUUAUUUUCCCUUUCAUAGCUGCAAAUGGUGUUGAUCAUAAAACGUUUACAGUGUCCUGGUAAGAGGACAAACAAUCUUUGGCUGUGGCCUUGUUUCCUUCCAUGCUUCUUCCUGAUGUAUAAAGGAGGCUUGUCGGAUUUUACCUGGAAAAGGUGUUUUUUUUUCCUGCUUGAUUUUUUUAACACUAGAAAUCUAGGUGUCGUCUGUCCUGGAAGUCUCUCUAGGUGACUAAAGAACUGGGGUGUUUACAGCAAUGCAGAUUCCCCGGAAGACAAACGCGCUACAUUGAUUUGUGUUCAAGUGAACACUGUUUCUUCGCAUUUAUCUCAAACACCCCCUAAACAGCUGAGAGAAAAACGGUCAUCGUGAAAGAAUCCCUGUUUCUGAAUCCCUUUCCCUUAUGACCUCUCCUGAGCUGCCUCCUGGUUCCUUCGAGGUAACCUCCAGCAAAACCGGGAAGACAAGAUGUGGACAUCCUGUUAUUUUCUAAAUUAAUAAGAAAAAUUAUCACCUGUCCCCCGCCAAAUAAACCCCUCACCUCGAAAGCUUUCUGUGUACCUCAUAAUGGGCAUGAACUUGACGCUUGAUUUCCACAUACCCACGCUCUGUGGUUUACCUUCAAUAAAUAUCCGUCCCAGUGAAACAGUCCUGCAGCAAUGA